AUGCUAACUCUGGCUUCGGCCUUUCUAUACGCUCUGCUCACAGAAAGGGUCAUGCUGGUGGAGCAAGUGGAGGACAUGGCCGAUCUCUUCUGCGAGCCCUUCCCUCAGGAGACCUGGCUUCUGCCUCUGGACUUCCCGCUCAGCCCCUUGGACCUGUUUGAUGGCAACUCUCCUUCUAGCUUCGGGAAUCUCCUAAAAAACAAGGUCUUGGAUGAUGAUGCUGAGGGUGUGUCAACUGGGUCCCCGCCAAGCUUCGUCUACCUCCAUCUGGCCCAUGACUAUGGUCACCAUGACAAGCUCUUCUUCUGCGAGCAAGACCAGCGGCUCCUCCAUAGGAUCCCCUGGCUGGUGAUGAGAUCAGACAACUACUUUGUGCCCUCCCUCUUCCUGAUCCCAGCAUUUGAUGAGGAAUUGAGCCUCCUCUUCCCAGAGAAGGAGGUGGUCUUCCACCACCUGGGUCGGUACCUCUUCCACCCGACCAACGCCGUCUGGGGGCUGAUCACCAGGUUCUACCUGGCCUACCUUGGCGGGGCAGAGGAGAGAGUCGGCAUCCAGAUCAGAGUCUUCGACAUGGGGACCGGCCCGUUCCAGCACAUCCUGCACCAAAUCAUGGCCUGCACUCUGAAAGAGAAGCUGCUCCCGAAUGCCAGCAAAGAGUCAUGGUCGGCUCCCUCCUCUGUUCACAGGAAGAAGAAAUCUGUUCUGGUCACCUCCCUCAGCUCCGGGUACUUUGAGAGGAUCAGGAGGAUGUACUGGGAGAACCCGACAGACGGUGGUGAGGUCGUCAGUGUCCACCAGCCGAGCCACGAAGAACACCAGCAGAUGGGUAACCAGAUGCACAGCAGGAAGGCGUGGGCGGAGAUGUAUCUACUCAGCCUGACGGACGUGCUGGUGACCAGCUCCUGGUCAACGUUCGGCUACGUAGCGCAGGGCCUCGGCGGCCUGAAGCCGUGGAUCCUCGUCAAGCCUGAGAAUCGAACGGUGCCGGACCCACCCUGCCGGCGGGCCUUGUCCAUGGAACCGUGCUUCCACGCACCGCCCUUCUACGACUGCAGUGCUAAGACUGGGACCGACACAGGAGCAGUGGUACCUCAUGUGAGACACUGUGAGGACAUGAGCUGGGGCCUCAAGCUGGUUGAUGACAGCGGGCAGUAG